AUGUCAAUCAGUUCAUAUCAUUAUACAAAAGAUAGACUACUAUCUAUUAGAGAUAACAAUAUUAGUAGACAAGUGAUUGAAGAUGUCCAGACAAAAAUGUUAGAUAAUUUGAUUGAUGUUAAAAAUAUAGCUAAAAGAAUUAUUCGAGUUGAUUUAUUAUCAACAGAAAAAAAUGAUUAUUAUUGGACAAACGCCACAAAUGAUCGAUUUGAACGAUUAAGUCUAAUUCGUCAAUUAAAUGAAGAUUUCCUAGACUGUGACUCGAUGUGUAUAGAACAAGAAUUGAAUAACUCAUUCAGAAUUGAUGAUAAUUAUAUCGGUGAAGAAGAUGCAAAAUGUGACGAAGUAUUGAGGAUUAAUAGUGACAAUAAUCAUAACACAAAUAUAAAAAAACAAUUUUAUGAAAAUAAGUGGGUGUCUGUUAUGUUCGUAUGA